GCCCGCCCGGCUGCGGCUGCAGCCCGGCCCGGAGCGGCGGCGGACCGGAACGGAGCGGCGCGGCCAUGGCGCGGGACCCGGCCUUCGUGCUGCGCUACCUGGCCGAGGUGGAGGAGCUGGCCGAGGACGUGCUGGCGGCGCGGCAGCAGAUCGUGGACCUGGACGUGAAGCGGAAUCGGAACCGCGAGGCGCUGCGGGCGCUGCACAAGGACCCGGAGCCCGACGGCAAGGCCAUGGUCUGCUUCGGGAACAUGUUCGUCGAGCUCCCAAAAGUGCGCACCAAGGAGAUGCUGCAGAAGGACCAGGAACAACUGGAUGAGGAGAUAAACAACCUGCGGAAGGAGCUGCGUGUGAAGGUCAACCGCCUCUUGGAAGCUCAGGGUAAAGCUCAGCUGAAGGGUUUUAACUUGAACCCCAUGACUGCUGAGGAGAUGAAGCUCAUCAAUCGCAUCCUGGAGGGCUGAUGCAGCUGUGUCACUCCUGGAGCCUUCAGGAUGUGCAGGAGAACAUUGGUGUGCACAGAGCCCACCUGGGCUGAGGCCCUGGGAAGCUUCUGGCUCCUCAGCUACAGAGCUGCAGUGCACUUGGAUCACAAACCCUUUGCUGCUCCUCGCUGCAGCACCAGGGCACAGGCUGGGACAUGGCUGGGGUGGAAGUGGGGUCAUUAAAACCAGAGCACUGGGACAUUCCUAA